AUGAGGAGGGCUAACAUGGUUCUGCUCCUGGCAAUUGGCUUCCUCAUGCUGGCUUUGGCUUCCGAUGUUGUAGUCGCCAAGAAAAAUUGUACGUCUAAAAAGAUCCCGACACAGGGUAAGGCAUGUGAUCCCAAAACUUGCGAUCAAAACGCUAAAAAGGAUUCCGACGCCGAUGGAUUUCGAUGCCCGUAUGCGGCUUGCAUCAUCCAGGGCCGUUGUGUUGCUGGAGCUUGCCAGCGCAUCGUGUGCGAAAAAUAG